AUGGAGCUGCCGACCUUCGAGGUCAAGAAGCGGUCAAGGUCCACCGACGACGAAGGAGAAGAAACUGCCCGCCCGCGGUGGCGGCGCGCGGCCCUGCUCACAACCUUGGUAGCCGGAGCGAUAUUCGCCGCGGUAAACUACGACCGGCGCCACCAGCCGCCGCCUCCCCUAGAACCGGGUCAAAUACUAACGUGCGGCUUGCGGCACCGCCACGUCUGGCCGUUUCACAAUCCACCGGAAGUGGCUUCGGAUCUCGUGGUGUCCCUGACGACGCUCCCGCAGCGAAGCGAGACGUUGCCGCUCAUGCUGCGGUCCCUCGCCGCGGGCUGGACGGUGCCGAGGGCCAUUUAUGUGGUCGACGGCGGCGACCACGCCCGGCCGAAUUUGUGCCCGUCCUACUUAUCGAGGCAUCGCGGGCGACACACGGUGGACGUGCACUUUGUCAGGGCGGCGUCCGAUCGCGGUCCCAUCGAAAAAUAUAUAGGGGCGGAGGCCGCCAUCCGCGCGACGCGCCCGCGCGGCCACCCGCGGUUUUUACUUGUUCUUGAUGACGACCACGUCUACAAGCGCCACAUGGUCGAGCGCUACGCCGCAGCUUUACGAGCGGAGCCGGACACGGUGUUCACGGUGCAGUCACCGCCGUCGCAGUUUUUCGGGUGGCGGCCUCGUAUUAACAUCGCGUACGGGGCGCGGGGCGUCGGUAUUCGUACAGACUUGGCUCUGGAUGGCGCUCUCGCGGCCUACGCCGCCACGGCGGCUCGACUGGAGCCGACGUGUCGCGUCGUCGACGACAUCGUCGUGUCGGCGUUCUUCGCCUCACACAAAGUCGCUGUGCGCGACGUGCCCGGCUUUAGCUUUGACAAUAGGCCGUGGCGGCACAACAACCAGAUCCGCCUGAUCUCGAAGCAGCACGCGCUGCGGUCGGAUAAGCGGGACGCCCAGAACGCGCGGUGCCACGACGCGCUCGUGCGGCGCGAUGCCACCGGCGCGCACGCCACCGCCGAGCACGCGCUAAACGUAAACCGCGGCCCUUCACAGGGUGGCGGCGCUGCGGGCGGCCACCGCCGCAUGCCAGAAUCGAUACUUCCACUCGGCGCAACUCGAUCCGCCACCAAGAAGUCUAAUAUCUAG